CAUCAAGCAGCUAUCUCCAUUGUCUUCACUCACAUCACCAUGAAGGGCAUUACUGCUUUUGCCAUCCUUUCUCUGGCAGCCACCACAUGGGCCACUUCUCCACCUGCAAAAGGGGUAGCGGUGGACUGUUCCACAUAUAGCCAGAUAGGCUCAAAGAGUGCAAUGCCAUGUCCAAGGCACUUUAAACCAUUAUGUGGUUCAGAUGAGAAAACUUACAACAAUGAGUGCCUGUUAUGCGCGCAAAGCAGAAACAUAGGAGUUCCACUCAGAAAACUUCAUGAUGGCCAAUGUGUUCAAUGUGAUGGAUAUUCUGAAGUGUGUACUAUGGAGUACAUGGCUCACUGUGGAUCUGAUGGAAAAACAUAUAGCAACAAAUGCCUGUUUUGCAAUGCUGCUGUGAAAAGUCGUGGUGCAGUUUAUUUGGCAAAUUAUGGACAAUGCCAGCUCUCUAAAGCUUAAGGGCACCAACUACCCUUCGGCAGAUUCCACUUAAGAACCACCUUCUCUAGGAUUGCAGAGGAGGCAA